CUUUAUUAGUAGCCAGUUGUAAAGGCAUACAAUUUCAUUAUGGAAGUAGUUGUUUCAGUAAUAUUGACUAUUGCUGUAUGUUUGACAGGAAUACAGACUGUUUCCUGUCAAGGGCCUAUCUGUUUCGCAUGCAACAGGACCGAAAAUCCCGAAGACUGUCGAACACACGUGACGUGCGGUGAAAAUCAAGUUUGUAGUGUACAAGAGGUAUCCUUGCCACACGGAGAUGUGUAUUUCUGGUCAGGAUGUGAAGAUGUUGAGACUUGCGACUAUCUGUCAGACCAACUGUCUUCCUCCUCUAUCAUUGGACGGCGUCAGACUUCCGUCAGCCAACAACGCUGUCUCUACUGUUGCUCUUCAGAUCUCUGUAACCGAAAUUGCACGUCCUUUGUAAAUCUGGCGCUACAUCGGCCUGCAUAUGAGAGCUCAGUAAAUGGGAUUGGCAGUGCAGAUCUAGCUGUCGACGGGGACACAAACAAAGACUUCUUCAGCGGAAAGUCUUGCAUGCACACUAUUUCGAACGAGCACUAUUCCUGGUGGGCGGUGGAUCUGGGACGGGAAUUUCACAUCACGAAAGUGAAAAUACAUGAACGGGGCGAUGCCGGAGCAGACGGUCGCAAUUUCCACCUUCUUGUGCUGGCGAGCUCGGUGAACGCCACGAAACUGGACAGGACAUCAACUCUAUUCACCAAAUGUGGGGCGUACUUCGGCCACUCUAGCGAAGGCAACACAAUUGUCAUCGACUGUCCUAGGAGCACGACAGGUCGUUGGAUAAGAGUACAGCAAAAUGAUCCGCACAUUGAAUAUCUACAUCUGUGUGAGGUGGAGGUCUUUGGGUUCUAGGUGUCCUCUAAAUAAAGAAGAAUUACGUGUUUGUUUGGUUUGAAAAAAUAAA